UCCUCCUAGGAUUAGAAAACCUUUCUUUUAUUGAUUUGAAAUUACUUGUGCUCUAUAUAAGCCUUAUAGUUGUGAAUCCAUAAGCAUUAUACACUUCGUCUCUUUCAAAGCGAAAAACUUGGAUAAAUUAACUCAGUCAAAUCUCAUUAAAUUUUUAUAUUAUUUUUUCUCCUUUAGCGAUUGUGUGCUAGUUAAUCCAAAUAUUUCUGGGACAAAAGAGUACCUUCUUAGAAAAAAUUAAAGGGUUGUUCCUAAUUCAUAUAGGACCGGUCGGCGGUCACAGGGCUAUAGUAUAUUAUUAGAAAUUGACAAAUAUUUUCCCCCAAAUUCUCUACUUCUUCACCAAUUAAUCACUCUUUUAUCUUUCUCCUGGUUUUUCAACAUUACUAUGGAUUCUGUAACAGUAUGGUUCAAGUCUAUUGGGAAAUUUGUUGGACAAAUUAAAAAAGGGAAAAAAACCCCAAAGAGAAGGGCUUCUGAUUUGAGCUAUUUAUCAGGUUUUGCAACUAUGGAGGUAUCUAAUCAACUGAAAUUAGUGUUUAAAUUGAUUGAUACAAAUGGGGAUGGAAAGAUUUCCCCUUUAGAGUUAACUGAAAUUUUGUUGAGUGUUGGACAUCAUCAAGAAUUGAAAGCUGCUGAAGAAUUAGCAGAGGUUAUGGUUAAAGAAAUGGAUUGUGAUGGUGAUGGAUUUGUGGAUGUGAAUGAGUUUUUGAAUGUUAUGGGGGUGGAAAAAGAUGAAGCUAAGGAUAUUGAUGAGAUAAUUAGACAAGUUUUUCUUGUGUUUGAUGUUGAUAAUAAUGGGCUUAUUUCAGCUAAGGAAUUGAGGAGAGUUUUAAUUAGUCUUGGUUGUGGAAAUUCUAGUGUUAAAGAGUGUAGAAGAAUGAUUAAAGGAGUUGAUAAAGAUGGUGAUGGAUUUGUUAAUUUUGAAGAGUUUAAACAAAUGAUGGCUGCUGGAUGCAAUUUUUAGCCCAACAUUAUGAUUUUACUCUGUUUUUUUUUUUUUUUUUUGUGAGUGUGAGUCUAUGACGGGCUUGAAUGGAGCGACAUAGACAAUGAGGAUUCAGGUAGUCGAUCCUGAACUAUGAUUGAGGUGUAGUUGUUUUUAAUUUCUUAAUUUGUGGAUUUUGUAAGUCCUUGGUUGUUGGAUUAUGUAGUGUUUAAAAUUUGAUUUAAGUUUUAAGGUAGGAUGUCAAUGUUAUGAAAGCAAGUAGGUAACUCCAUAUUUAGCAUAAUUCUCCUCUUUUCAUGUUUUUUUUUGUAAUAAUAGUUUACAAGUAUCUUGA